CCUUUACCAGAUUUACCCAGCAUUGAUUGGCCAGUUCAAAGUCAUAUUUGUUCACGGCUCUUCGAGAUCUGUUCUUGACAUGUCACGAUCGCCGCCUUUCAAGGUGCCGCAGGACGUAGAAAGCUGCUUUCUAGAUACCUACUCCAAGGAACAUUGGGAGAACCUUUGCAAAUCACUCUCUUCUCCUCCCUCCAAAACCUUUUUUAGAGUCAUUGUCCCUUCCGACUACGAACCUAACUUGAAUUUCAGUCGUGCAGCACAUAAGCGAAGAGCUGACAUAUUACCUGAUAUCCAAGAAGCUAUCGACAAGGUAUUCAUUAAGUUGAAAUAAGGUUGGUUUUUUGGCGUAGUAGCUGAUUGUAAAGUUGAACAGCAUUGUUUCGAACGAGGGUGGGAUAUCAAUCAUUUUCAGCUGCAAUGCCACCCUAUGCUUGAGGAUGUUCUAUAUCUACCAGUGAUAGAAGCCCUCAGCAUUGAAAAGCCACAAAAAGAAAUCACAAUUGACACAUCCACCGCUACUGCUGUCCUUCGAGGUGCCGAUAUCUUUGCGCCUGGAAUACUGGCUGUUGAAAGCAAUGUAAAUGUUGAUGAUAAAGUUGCUAUCAUGGUUGAUCUUGAAAAAAAAUGCCUACGAGGAUAUUCUGAAAAGUUUCAAGGGUUAAAGUUUCAUGUUGGAAAUGGCAUAUUGAAAAAGCCGCGCCGUGCCAUAUUCUCAAAACCAUCAUCCGAGCUCUCAGGAGAUGGUGUCUUCAUGGUAGAGCCAUUGUACAGAACUUGCGGAAUACCACUCGGAUUAUCUCAUUUGGUGUUCCUCCAAAAUAUUACCAGUACUCUAACUACACGGUUACUUGAUGUAGAGCCAAGCCAUAUCAUUCUGGACAUGUGUGCGUCUCCUGGCGGUAAAACCGUUCAUAUUGCUUCUAUGCUGAGAGGAAACGGAUUCGUCAUUGCUUUAGAUAAGAACAAGUACAAGAUAGAUCGCAUCAGGAAAAACGCUCAACUAUGUGGGGUAGAAAGUCAGGUCAGGACUUAUGCUCAAAAUUCCACAAAACUAGAAGGAGACUUGGAACCACAAAACUAUAAAGGGUUACCUGGGCAAGGAUUUGCAGCCAAUGUUUUUGACCGAAUUAUGCUCGAUCCACCAUGUACUGGAUUUGGCCAACGACCGACGUUCUCCACCACGAAAGAUGUCCAGGAGGUCAGAUCCUUCCGUGAAUCUCAACCUGCAUAUCAAGUUCGCCUCAUGGCGCAAGCUGUGCGAUUGUUAAAAAGUGGCGGAACAAUGAUAUAUUCAACAUGUACUCUUAACCCACAUGAAAACGAAGCUGUGGUUGCUUGGUGUCUCAAAAACUAUGCUGACAUGGAAUUGCUCACACCCGAUACUAUCUUAGGAGGACCUGGAUUAGCAGGCUAUGGGUUAGAAGCUGAUGCAUGUUCCAAGGUGCAAAGGUUCGACCCUGUCAACAAUCCAGAGACCGUAGGAUUUUUCAUUGCAAAGCUACGCAAAAUAGCAUCAUAGAAGUACCAGUAGUAGCAUUAUUUUUUAAUAGAUACAUAGAUGAUUUCACUCCUGUUCCAAAAUCUUCAUCCAAAACGUAUCUUCUGCCGCAUCCUUGUGCUCUUUUACAACGGGUUUACCUUGGUCAUCU